UCUGAAUGUACUUUUUCUUCGCCCCCGGGAGUGGCUGCAGCUUCGGAAGCUGGGAGGAAACGGAUCCCUUUUGGAGCGGGCGACCGGGGAAACUUGUCGCUCUCUUUUUAAUGCGGAGUAUUUGAGACCCCGGGGGUUGUCGUGGGAUAAGCCUUUUGCGGUGACGUGGGCAAGAAAACCCAAACCAGACGAAUCCAGAGGUCCCUUCUCUUGUUGGAUGUGUUUGGGAGAUUCCAUCUCUUGAGCCGGAGUAAAGAGAGAGAAAAAUGGCUGCUGAGGAGGCAGCUUCUAUCCUCCAGGAGAAGAGUAUCCGGGAAUUCCUUCAGCGGAAACCAGGAGAGGAGAUUAAACAGGAGCCGUGCGAGGGGCAAAUUCAGCGGUGGGAGGUCCAGUGGCAGGAAUUCCUGAAGACAGUGGAGUCUCCUCAGUCAGGAUUGGGAGCGCCAUCGAUGCCAGACGAGCCCACCCCAUGGGACGAUGCCAAGGCCUUCCUGGCCUCCUUCGAGCAAGUGGCCGAAGCCUGCCGGUGGCCCAAAGAAGAGUGGGUGACCCGACUCCUGCCGGCCCUCAGCGGUGAGGCCAAGCAGGCCUUUAGCAGCCUGGAGGGCCGAGACAGGAAGGAUUAUGGGAAAGUGAAGGCGGCCAUCUUGCAAGGGGAUGCCAUCAGCAGAGAGAAGCAGCGCCAGCACUUCAGGCAUUUCCGCUACCACGAGGCCGAGGGGCCGAGAGGGGUUUAUAACCGGCUCCAAGAACUUUGCCGGCGAUGGCUGAAGGUGGAGAGGCACUCCAAGGAGCAGAUCCUGGAGCUGCUGAUCUUAGAACAGUUCCUGACUGUCCUGCCCCCGGAGAUCCAGGGCUGGGUGAGAGAACGUGGCCCGGGGUCCUGUGCCCAAGCGGUAGCCCUGGCUGAGGAUUUCCUCUGGAUGCAAAGAGAGUCUUUGCGAUGGGAACAACAGGUGGCGACUGCAGCGGUGCCCUUGCCAGAAGUGGUCGCCUCCCAGGCGGAGGCAGAGCCGGCUUCCUCGGAGGCCGGGAAGAGGCCUCUGUGCAUGGUAGUCAAGCAGGAGUCUGAUGCUGGAAACGUGGGCUCACAUGCAGGUGAUUCCUGGCAGAGUGAGAACAGCAGGGAACUGCUUAGGGUCCCGUCAGAAAUGGCUGAGCACCAAAAGCUGGAAGAGAUCCUUGGAAAUCAAGGUGCACCAAGGAGGAGGAUGAGAAAUCACCAAACAGACAAGUGGAAGAAGAACCCAAUUGCUUGUCAGGGUGCCGGGUUCCAUAAUGCUUCCGCCCCAGAAGACAAAGCGAACGAAAAGAGGAAGUAUAAGUGUAAUGUCUGCGGGAAAUUCUUCAGUUAUAAGUCAAGCCUUAAAAUACACCUCAGAAUCCACACAGGAGAGAAACCGUAUAAAUGCCUGGAGUGCGGAAAGAGCUUUAUUCGGAGUGAUCUCCUGGCUUCGCACCAAAGAAUCCACACGGGAGAGAAACCCUACAGCUGCUCAUACUGCGGAAAGAGCUUCUGCGAUCUGUCCACCCUCAUUAAACAUCGACGAAUUCACACUGGGGAAAAGCCGUACGUAUGUAUGGAGUGUGGGAAGAGCUUCAGUCAGAAGGCAAUCCUUAAUUCACACCAACGAAUCCACACGGGGGAGAAACCGCAUAAAUGCAUGGAGUGUGGAAACAGCUUCAGUCGAAGCACCUACCUGGCUUCCCAUCAAAGAAUACACAUGGGAGAGAGAACGUAUAAAAACGUAGACUGUAACAGGAGCUUUUCAGAGCAAUCCAGCCUUAUUCACCAUCAGAGAAUUCAUGUUGAGGAGAACCCAUAUAAAUGCCCCGAAUAUGCCCCAAAUUUACAUCAGCAUGCGUCAUGCAUAGCACAUCAGAAAGUGUACACAUUGAGCGACACUAUCAAUGUUUUUGAACGUGGGGAGAAACUUCAGCUGGAGGCAACAUCUUACGAGACUUGUGAGCAUCCUAGUAAUUAGUCUCUUGACUUGUCGCCUAUGGCGAGUUGACUUUGCCUCCUGGUGACCAGAUGAGCUUCCGCUCCAGCAGGGAUUACAGCCACAUGUGUAACUGCCAUCAUUGCAGAAAGGGGCAACAUUAUAAAUGCUUGAACGGUUUCUGGUGGAAAUACAAUCAGGGGCAGUAGUACAUGUUGCUGGUACUUGGUAACUGGCUAUAGGCUUCUCAGGUUUGAGGAAAAGACGAAUGUCGAGUACUGUCUAUCCUCUGGCACCACCUCCACAUUUUCAUUCACCACACCUACUCCUCAAGCAGACCUUCUUCUCCCUUGUUUAGGUCUGGGCUUUUGUCAAAAUAGAUUUGGUCAAAUUAAACUCAAAUAUUGUCAUGCA